AUGAAGAAGAUCUCAAACGCAUUGGUAGAUUCCUGGGAGAAUCCCGAGGAUUUAACACAUGUUGAGUUUUUCUACAUACUCACCUGGAUUUCCAAUACCAUUGGCAAGGAAAAGUCAGCAUGGUUUGCGAUCGAAGAUGUCGAAUGGUCCAACAUGGUCACUUGCAGCUACAUGGACAUCAGAGAAUAUAUUGCUCGACAACCUUUCAGUCUUCCUACUGCCAUUACCCCUAUGGAUCGGCUAGCCCUAUACUAUAUCGUUCCCGAGUCAAAAGAUAUCCUCCAACAAAUCAUCCCAAAACUAGUUGGUUUCAUGGACCAUGAUAUUUUCAAACAAGAAGAUGUGGCUCGCGAGAUCUACGAUUUGGGUUUUCUUCCGGCGCCUAUCUCCGCAAAGGACGUACCAGAAGCGGCCAGGCGCCGAGCCAAGAUGACUGAUCCGUAUUUGAAGAAGGUUUAUUCUUAA